AUCAUUGAAUGUCCUUGUAAACAAAUAACGGUUACCGUUUAUUUCAUCAUUCGCUUUGGACCGAAGGAUGUCUUCAGAAAUUUACACAUCGGAGAGCGUUGGCUCAGACGAGACCGGUGAAGGAAGUGCAGCCAGGCCUUUUAAAACGGUGCUUCAGGCUAUGAGAUAUGCUGCUAAAGAACCAUUUCCAACAAUUUAUGUAGAUGGAAAAGAAGAAGGAACUAAGUAUGAAGUAGCUGCAAAGGCGCAGAUCAAGAAGUGGCAGAAAAUCUGGCAGAGGGAGCUGAGUAAACCUACUGACAGUGAAGAAAAAGAUGCUGAUGCCCAGCGCAGAGAAAAGAAUCUCGAGGAGGCAAAGAAAAUUAUCAUCUCUGAAGAUGCUAGUCUUCCAGUUCCUAAGCAAAUUAAACUACGAGAAUCUGUUAGCUACAGGGAUGUUCGCGUAAAGAUCUACGGUUGGGUUCACCGUCUCAGAAGACAAGGAAAGAACCUUAUGUUUCUCGUGCUUAGGGAUGGUACAGGUGUUUUACAAUGUGUUCUCACUGAUUUACUGUGUCAGACAUACGAUGCAUUGACUCUAGCCACAGAAGCUGCUGUUUGUGUUUAUGGUGUCAUCAAGACACUACCAGAAGGAAAAUCAGCACCAGGGGACCAUGAAAUGACGGUUGAUUACUGGGAGCUGAUUGGAGCAUCGCCUGCAGGAGGGGCUGACAACUUACUAAAUGAAGAGGCACAUGUAGAUGUUCAACUAGACAACAGGCAUAUGAUGAUCAGAGGAGAAAACACAUCAAAAGUACUGAAGAUGAGGUCUGCUGCUAUGCAUUGCUUCCGUGAGCAUUAUUUCAGUCGCGGAUACUACGAGGUGACGGCUCCUACACUUGUACAGACACAGGUGGAAGGUGGUUCCACUCUCUUUAAACUCAACUUUUUCAACGAGGAGGCUUAUUUGACUCAGUCUUCACAGCUAUAUUUGGAGACAGCGCUACCCGCAAUGGGCGAUGUUUUCUGCAUAGCAAGUUCAUUUAGAGCGGAACAGUCGAGGACUAGGCGACAUUUGGCCGAAUACACCCAUAUUGAAGCAGAAUGUCCGUUCAUAUCGUUUAAUGACCUGCUGGACAGACUUGAAGAUCUGGUGUGUGAUGUUGUCGACAGAAUAUUGAAAUGCCCGCUGGGCUACAUUGUUAAUGAACUCAACCCAGAUUUUAAGCCUCCAAAGAGACCUUUUAGAAGAAUGGAGUAUACAGCCGCUUUGAAAUAUCUAAAAGAAAAUGACAUAAAGAAAGAUGAUGGCUCAUUUUACGAAUUUGGCGAUGAUAUUCCGGAAGCUCCUGAAAGAAAGAUGACGGAUGCCAUCGGUGAGCCAAUAUUUCUGUGCAAGUUCCCAGCAGAAAUAAAAUCAUUCUAUAUGCCUAGAUGCAAGGAUGACAAGAGACUAACAGAAUCGGUGGACCUCUUGCUUCCAAAUGUUGGUGAGAUAGUUGGUGGGUCAAUGAGGGUAUGGCAGUAUGACGAGCUGAUGGAGGGUUUCAGUCGGGAGGGCAUUGACCCUACAAACUACUACUGGUACACUGAUCAGAGAAAAUUUGGAACAUGUCCGCAUGGUGGGUAUGGUCUUGGCCUUGAGAGAUUUCUGUGCUGGAUCCUCAACAGAUACCACAUUCGUGAAGUGUGUCUCUACCCGAGAUUUGUUGAAAGGUGUAAACCAUAAAAUGACAGAAACAUAUAAACAGUUUAACAAAGUGUUCUGUUUUUAUUGUCGUGGGACAAUUUGAGUUUCCCAGUUCUUUUUUUUUUUCAUUAACCGGUAAUCUGUCUAUAGGCUAUGUGCGUCUUUCGAUAAGAGGGUCGUAAGGCUGAAAAUUUUGCCCAUUUUUCUAAAUUAAAAUGUUUUGCAUAGCUUUAACGUUUGUUGAACAAACUAUAAAACUGUUAUAUUUUUCGUUUGAUUUGAAAUGUUAGCUAAUAGAUAUAUUUUUGUUAUAUUCAAAUGAAAUUUAGGCCUCAAACUAAAGCAAAUUAUGGGACGACCAUUACAAAGUCGGGACUGGGGCUGAAGGAAAAGUAGAUAAAUAAUUUUGACUGAAUAUCAAAGUAAAUAAAUAAUCUGCCCCUUUUUUCAGUGUGAACAAAUAGAUAAUCUGGUCCAAAUGCCAGUUAGGAUAGCCCAAGUUAAAAAAUGCUUGCUGCGCCGAAAAGUUAUUGUUCCGUAAUUAUAAAAAUAACACUUACAAACAAAAUACAAUCUGAUUUUAUAGCAACCAAAGAUAUCUUAUAUUCUCCUUAUUUGUACCCAGCUUUCUAAAAUGUAUUAGAUUCUUGGCGAUUUUCAGACUGUUUAUGGUAGGUGAUUUGUAUACGCAACUGUUGCACAUGUGCAUAUAUGUAUAUUUUUUAUUUUUAAAUGAAUAUUCGUUUGCAUAAGUAUUGAAACACUCUUUAAGACUAGAAAAUUAAUUCGAAUUCUUUAAUUUUCCUUAGUUAUGAAAUAUUUAGGCCCAGGUUUCUAAGUAAAUGUACUUUUUAUGUAAAUGGAUAAUCGAACCUGACCAAAAACUGCUUACAACCCUGAUUUUCUGAAGGUUUACUUAAUUGCAGAGAUAUAUAAUUAUAUCAUUUUUAUACAUCAGCAGAAAGGCCAGAGAAUAUAGAUUUGAACUUGAAAAAACUUCUGUCACAGAUAAUCAUUUACUGUUAAAACUUAAAGAAAGAAAAUCUGCAUAUUUGUCGUGGAUUUAAAUAUUCCUCAUGUUCUUGCUCUGUUCAAAAUAUUGUUAAACUUAUAAAAGCCGUAAUAUUUGACAUUUCAUCUAAUUUUCCUGUGUCCAAAAAGAUAGCAAUAUAACAGAAAUGAUUACAAUGUACUUUUCUCAGCAUUCUUAACUGGUUCAAAAGUAAAAAAAAUCAAUGGAUAUACAAAAAUCAUUUUAGAACUAUUUACUGAUGUGACUUGGCCAAAGAAAUAUCACAUAUAGCUUUUUUGCGAAGCGGAAUAAAAUUAUAAGACAUAUA